GCGUAAAAGUUGUGGAAAUUUUUAACUUCUGACGUGUCGUUACUAUUUUUAUAAUUGAGCUGCGGUUACUUAUAUAGAAAAUGGACCCACAUGUCAUCUUAUUUAUUAUUUUCCUUGGAACUUCUUGUAUCAAAGUAAAUGCAGGACAACAUAUUUGUGCAAGCACGUGUGAAAACGGGUGUGACUUCUUUACACGUGCAUGCAACAACUGCACAAACAGCCGAUAUGACCAAUUUUGUGAUGGCAAGUGCAGUCCAUUUUGCGUCAACUCUUGCGACAGAUAUACGGGAAACUGUGAUUCAUGCAUACAAGGAAAAUAUGCAUCCUGGUGUAUCGAGUCGUGCAGCGAAGGUUGCAGUUCUGGGUGUGACAUGGAAAAUGGGAAUUGCUUUCUGUGCAAAGUUGGCUGGUAUGGGAUAUGGUGUAACACACCUUGUCCUAGUGGUUGUUAUGGUGAAUGUAACAGGAUUACAGGUGAUUGCUUAAAAUGUAAGACAGACUUCUUUGGUCGCCAUUGCAAUGUUCCUUGUGUUGAGACGGGUUGUCUUGAUGGGUGUGAUAAAUAUUAUGGCAUAUGUAACUCAUGCCAGUCAGGUUUCUACGGCGAGUCUUGCAAUAUCAAAUGUACGGACACUUGUAUGCAAUCAAAAUGUGAUUCUUUUUCUGGCAAUUGUAUUGACUGCAUACAAGGGUAUUAUGGUUUGAAAUGUAACCAGUCACGUCCAGAACACUGUAACGGAAUCUGUAACUUUCAAACCGGAAGUUGCUUUUCGUGUGUCAAUGGAUAUUUCGGUGAACAUUGUACCGAUAAGUGUCCAGAGAAUUGCAAAGGUACAUGUGGUGCCAACGCGAAGUGUUUUUCUUGUAAAAACGGCUUCUUUGGUGACAGAUGCCAAAAUACAUGUUCACAACAUUGUAGUUGGUCAUGCAAUCAACAGACUGGAGAAUGUUUCACUUAUAGGGAUGGUUACUGGGGUGAAACCUGUCAGGAGUCUUGUGGUGAACAUUGCACGGAGCCAUGUCACAAGAACAAUGGACAUUGUUAUACCUGUCACUCAGGAUGGUAUGGGCAGUCCUGCGAACAAUCAUGUCCAACAGCUUGUCAAAAUACGUCGUGCUUAGCAUCAGGUGUAUGCCAAUCAUGCAUAACCGGUUUUUAUGGAGAUAAAUGUGAAAAGCCAUGUACCAAUUGUGUAAAUGAUACAUGCAGACAAUCAGACGGGUUUUGUGUAUAUGGAUGUACCAAUGGGUCUGACUGUAAAACUAUGGUUUCAACGACGAUAGGAACCAGCCUUAUUACGACUAAUGCAACUGUUACCAGUCGAGUAAGCACAGGGACAACAACUGGUUAUUUGACAUUGUGGCCAGUCUCUACAACUGAACAUACCUCUGCAACUGAAACAUUCUCAACACAGACUACAACAGAGGUGUCAAAGCCGUCUGAAUCGGGGGAUAGUAACGUGUUGAUCGUCAUUACAUUGAUAGUAUCUGCGACAUUGGUAUUAGUAUGUGUUGGUGUUGCCAUAUACUGUAUACGGAAAAGAAAGCAUGGCAGUAAACCCAAAGAGGAGCCAGAAACAAGUAAACAUGUCUACACAAAUGCAUAUGAUGACAUACAAGAGGAGUAUGCGGAGAUUGGGACUCCUAGACGGGAAUCGUUAUCAUAUGAUGAUAUAGAAAAUGUUAUAGAAGAACAACAGUCACCUGUAGAUCACUAUCAACGUAUAGACGAUGUUUUGGGAUCCACUGGUGAAACUAAACAAGAAACGAUGGUAAAAGCAGUUCAUGGUCCGUCUGGAAACAACGUUGACAUUGUAACGGCAAAUGCGAUUGCCGCCUCACAUGUUGAUAAAAAUGAAUUGAAUACAGAUACUAUGGUCAAUUCAGAUCAGAUUACAGACCUUCGAACCGAUGCGUGUCUAUCAACAAACAAUACUGGUGAUUCAUCUGGAUCAAUGAGUAAUUCAUCUUUGGGUUAUACCCAAGUGCUUUUAGGAAAUGAAACUGCUUCGUCAGAAAUACUUUAUAAGUUUCGUGAGCCGAAACGUGACACUGUAUCUAAUUUGAGUGAGGCGACAGACCUGCGUGUCAGUGCAUGUCCAAGAACAAUGCAUGCAAGAAUUUCGUCAUCCGAUUUAAGUAUCACUGCAUCAGAUUAUACUCAGGUGUUUCCUGCAAAGGACUCAAUUCCUUUACAAGAUUUGAAUAUGUUGCCUUAUUCAAGAAUAAACACUUAUGCACCAGGUGAAAUGUUUCAACGCCAUGCGGAUGCAUUAAGAAAAGAACAUCAUACUGGUUUUCGGUCUUCUGAAUCUAGCAGUACUUUGUCUCGAGAUUAUGCCCUAGUGUUUCCACCUAAAUCUUCAGACAAAAGUCACAUACUUGAUAUUGCAAUGGACAAUCAGAGUGAUAAUGAUUUUAGUGAACGUUAUCGUACAGUGGAAGAUUUCCAAAAUCGGAGAGAAUAUGUUAAACAAGGGAAAGAAGAAGACUUCCAAAAUCGGGGGGAAUCUGUUAAACAAGGGAGAGAUUCGAAAUGUUCUGAUUAUGCAAGCGUCAACUAAUGUCAAUAACAUUGAGGAUCGCAGACUUUGUUGAUACCUACAAAUUAAUAUAUAAAGACAUUGUUAUCUAAUGAACGUAUAAUGUGCUCAAGGGUCAAGUCUUUAGAAGGAGCUUACGU